AUGUGGGUUAAACCUGGUAGUUUCGUCAUAAUACAACCUAUUCAGGAAGGUGUUAAGGUCAAAGGAAGACAAAAUAUGGCCUGCUCUGCUGCGUUCUAUGAAAAACCAGAAUUGGAGGAAAGUGAUGAUGAUAACGACGAUGAUAUCCCAAGGAAUACUUACAGAGUACAAGCAAUGAUCGAAAUCUCCAGUGGCAAUGAUUCUAGUGAAGAUGAUCCCAGUGACAGUGGUCAAAGCGACGAUGAUAGUGUUGGUGAAACGUAA